AUGUAUAAAAAGUACUGUCUUUUAAGAGCCAAACAUAAGAUUAUCUGCUAUGAGGAAAAAGACUUCCAGGGAAAGUCAUAUGAAUGCACUGGCCAUGCAGAUGACCUGCAAUGUUUCAUAAGCAGAUGCAACUCUUUCAAGGUAGAACGUGGCCGGUGGGUUCUGUAUGAGUUUAAGAGCUAUACGGGCCGCCAGAUGCUCCUUGGUCCAUCCGUGUUCAAAGACUUUGGGUUAGGUUUCAAUUUCCGGUUUGAAUCCUGCAAAGUCGUCAAAAACACCAAAGGACCGUACAAGCAGAAGUUGUUUGCCUAUGCAGGUUUUCAAGGAAAGUCUAUGGAGUUGACAGAAGACAUGAUAUCCACCCAAGAGAAGUGGCCCAGCCAGAAGGUAAUGUCCUGCAAGGUCCUCGAGGGCUCCUGGAUUUUCUUUGAGGAACCCAACUACAGUGGGUGCUACUAUGUGCUGGAUAGAGGGGAUUACCAAUACUCCCCUGACUGGGGAUCGCAGGGAUCAACUGUGGGCUCCAUCAGGAGAAUCAUGGAGCUGUGA